AUGUCGAAACGAAAUCCAAAAGACCGUGCUAUCAUCAGCACAAUUAAUGAGCUGGGUUGGGACCUGCUGACCCAGUUCUGCAGCGACACGACACCUAAGAGCACCCUUGUCAGCGCUCUAUCCACCUUCUCGGCCCUUACUAUGCUUGCCGGUGCCGCAGCCUAUUCCGAGCAACGUGAGAUGUGCGCUAAACUCGGCGCCGGCGGCCUCCGCGACCUGCAAAGCACCUACCCAAAGAUGCGCCGAAUACUCGAGUCAGACAGGGUGUUCCACUCUGCCAACGGGCUGGUAGCUGAAACUCAUGUCCGCGUCUCUCCACAGUACCAAGAUUACUUGAAAAAGCUGAGGGUGGAUGCCAAGCUAUACUUCGAAAACCUGGCCGGCAGCGUGGCUGAGAUCAACGAGUGGAUCUCUCGGACAACAAAACGAAGGAUUCCGACAUUGCUGACAGCGGAUGAUCUGCGCGGCGUGCCCGUCGCUCUCAUCAACGCCCUGAUCUUCGCCGCUCCGUGGGCCGAGCCAUUCUGUCCCCGCGACACGGUCCGCUCUGCCCCUUUCUACCCCACGACAAAAAACCGGGUCGAGCGCGACUGCCACAGUGGAUAUGAUAGUGAGCGGUUUACGGCCGUCCGCCUGCCUUACCGCUGUACACCGCCAUCGGAGUGGUCCAUGAUUGCCUACCUACCCAACAAACAUACUUCGAUGCAGAAGAUGCUCCAGUUCCUCCGCACUCAGCCAUUUCCCCCAUUUGCACAGCACCGCGUAGGCAGGUUCUGUCUGCCUCGCUUCGAUCUUCAGGCGCAACAUGAACUCACGAGCACAUUGCAGGCGCUGGGCUAUCCGGUCGACGGGUCAUUCCCGGGCUUAGCCAUGGGAGGAGAAAACCGGGUGGGCAAUGUUAUUCAGGGUCUGAGUGUGGAGUGUAAUGAAGAGGGCACCGUGGCCGCCGCAGCUACAGUGGUACUGAUUGAACGCGGUGGCCCUCCCUCUUAUAUCCCGGAGUUGAUAUUCGAUCGCCCGUUUGUGUUCGCCAUCGUGGCGGAUGAGCUGGAUUUGGCUAUCUGUACCGGGGUGUUUGCUGGUUAUUGA